AUGUUAAAACAAGUGACAGCCGCCAAGGGCGGCGUUGAAGGCGGGGGCGACAAAGUGCAAACCGUGGAUAGUGCCAAGAGUGAACAGGUCACGUCCUCCUCCUCCACCACCACCAAAACUAGCAGCAAAUCAGUCGUCGAAAAAUCGUCAUCGAUCACCGAGGCUGUGAAACUGUUCGGCUCCAAGAUUCUCCGAUCGGAAUCCUCCAAGAAGUCGUCAUCUUCCAAACAGGUGACAUCAGAUGACGCCGGUAAGUCACAACAAGCUUCUAAAACUUCUAAAAAAUCUGACAAGAAAUCUAAAAACAAAUCAAAAGUGAAAAUGGUGGGUUCAAAGAUUAUCAAAACCUCCACCCAAGAUGAUGACAGUGACGAUAAUUUACAAAUCACCGAAAUAACCGGAUCCGAUAAAUCCGACUUUGACGCAAUGUCGACGUCUUCUGCUUACAUGAUAGACGAAGAUCCAUCAGAUAAAACUAUUGUCGACUCCUCAUUGAAGACUUCAGGAGUCAAAGAAUCCUCCUCUACAUCAAGUUUCAAUGUUCAAGAGAUGCAUAACGUUUCACAGUCAUCAUCUCAAUCUAGCUUCCAAGUAGUAUCAGAUGCUGGUCAGAAAAUAUCGUCAUCCACCACGGUUGUAGGUGGUGAAACUAACACACUUCAAGAUAAGAUCCUAAUUGAUUCCAAAGGUGUCAAUAUUUCUGAUAAAACUUCUAAAAUUUCGAGUUCUACUGUACUGAAUGAGAGUAGUUCCAGUAGUAAUUUCAAUGAGAGUAUGUCACACUCCACUGUUAUGGAGUCAUCUUCGAAGGUGGAUUCAGGGUUCAUAGACUCUUCCACUCUGCAUGAAAGUUAUGCUAUUGAUAACACGAAUAACGACAAGUCAUCAGGUCAAACAAAUGUGAGGUUGGUUGGUUCGAAGAUUGUUCAUGUUCCCUCCUCCACGAAGGAUAUCAAUGAGAGUUUUCUCAACAUGGAGAGAGGUAAGGUUGUUGAUGGAUCAAGCUCCAUCAAAUCAGUCUCUGAAUCACAUUCGUCCAAAUCCGAAAAUGUAAUUUUGAAAGGUAAAAGCUCUAUUGAUAGUUCAAAGAUUGAUCAGUUUGACAAUUUUACUGACUCUAUUGUUACAUCCACCCCUAAGAAAGUUAAAGAUAAAAUUUCAGAUGUUCAAUUGUCUAGUGUUACUAGUACUUCUGAAUCCUCUUCAGUGCAAAAAAGUAGUAGUCAAAGCACCAAGAAAAUCUCGUCAUCAACUUCAAGUUCUAAAUUUGAGACAAGCACGAAAAUUUCCGGAUCUAAAGUUGACAUAACUGAGCUCUCUAGUAAAGGAGAUGCUACAAUUGAUACAGGGAAAAGUGAAUUUACUUCAAUAAAAGAUGGAGAUUUAUAUGAUGCUAGCGGAGUACGAAUCAUACGCGUGUCAGAUGGUGACUCUUCCAAUUCUUCAAAGUCACAAAUUUCCAGUGAAGUAACAGAAACUACAACCUACCACACUAGUCCCGAAGGUGUGACCACAUUUGUCACAUCAAGAAUCACAAAUGGAGGAAAGCCGGAGGUAGUUUCAGAGGGCACCGUCCCUGACUCUUCAAAGGAAUCAAGGGUUAAUAACAGUGCAGUCAGAUCUAGAACUGUCAAGAGAACGACUGUGACAAAAGAUGGCAAAACAUUUGUUACUGAGAGCGAAAAUAUUGUUUGUGACGGGAAAUCAAAAGAUUCAAUUGAAGUUGUGAGGGAUAGUUCAGAUCUCUAUGAAACUGUAUACAAUGUGAAAAUGGUGGGAGGAAAAUUGAUCAAAGUACCAGAGAAAGUGAGGAAAGAGAUCAAAAUAUCAACCAGCUCUCUGGAAGGUCAUGAUCAACCAUUGAGAGAUGACAACGUUGUCAAAUCAUCUUCUAUCGAAAAAUCUUCCCAGCAAGAUAAAACCGAGAGUACUACAUCAAAUGUUUCCGGAGCUAGUAACAUCACGUUUGUUUCGAAUUUGGAUAUUGAAAAAUCUAAAAAUAUAGGAUCUGUAUCAGACUCCAAGCUUCUUGUUGGUCAAAACAAGCAGUUGGAGAUUGACAUCUCAUCCAGGGAUGGAGAUCAGAAAAUUGACAAAACUCAGCAGCUAUCAAGUGAAACCAGAAGCAGUGAGUUUAUGUCUACUUCAAGCCAUGUGAAGGAAUCGAGUCAGUCUGUUUCAAAAUUCCACACCUCUAGUGAUCAGACUGUGAAGCAAACAGCGGGUAGACAAACAGAGACAGUGUAUAUCGAAACAGUCCCAACAGUUGAGACAGUUAAAAUGGUAGGUGGAAAGAUAGUGAGAACUAUAGCCAGUGACGGAACCACAAAAUCUGUUGUAUCUGAAUCUUCUCAUACUGGGAAGAAAGACAUGAAAUCAUACACAGAUUCAAGCGAGUAUGUGAUCACGUCUUCAGAUAAAAUUUCUUCUCAAGACAAGGUGGAUGUGAAGGAGUUUGAGAAGAAUAAAUAUGGAAUGCAGCUUGAAAAGAGAUCAACUCAUGAUAGAACUAAGAGAGAUGAAGAUGUGGGAUACCAAGAAAGCUUGAAAAUUGAUACCGCAAGAUCCACGGCUUCAAAUACUACAUCAACGACGGUAAUCAAAACCAUUUCCAAUCAAUCUGAAGUUCAAAGCUCGAGCAGUGACUCCAAAUUCAUAACAGAUAAGUCAGAUAAGCACUCAAUUGUUACAGAUAAAACAAAACAGGUUGACAUUGGGGACUCUAAAAAGAUAAUAGAUGAUAAGUCUCAGAAAGAACAGAGUGUUAGAUUAGUUGGAGGGAAAAUUGUCAAAUCAGGUGUGGAUGACUAUAGCUACUAUACAAGUAAAAGCAAGGAUAAGAAGAUUGAUUCAAAAGUCACAUCUGAUUUUCAUAUAAAAGAAGGAACGGAUACCAGUGACAGGGAUACUAGUACUUCAAAUAUCACCCAUCUGGGUAAGUCUUCAACUCUGGAUAAAACCACAACUGAUGAACAGACGCGAUUUAUUGCUGCAGAGAAACGUUCAAUGGAAGCAACACAGAAAUCUGUGAGUAAAAUUUCAUCAGAGGAAUACGAUACAAAUGUUUCAAGUAAGGAGUUACAAAGUAGAGGAGAGUCAACGCUUACCACACAUAAGCAUCAAGUUUCAAAAGAUUUCGAUUCACAGUCGAAAAAUAUCACGAGUUCUGACAGUUUCUCAUCAGUUUCAACUUCCAAGAUUUCAGAGAAUGUGAGUACUGUUAAAGGAGAGGAAAGAUUGUCAGAUACCCAAAAUAAAUGGCAGAGUCUUCCAGCAGCUGGGAAACCGUCAACAAAACGCAGUCCAAGUCCGGAAAAAACCACUGAGAAACAACCAAAACAAAAUGAACCGAUUAAAAGCAGUUGGAAAAAUCUACCUGCAGCUGGAAAACCUUCUGGAUAUUCAGAACACCAUGACUACAGUGAAGGCUUUCCCACUGAUAAGGAUGGAGCUAGAGAGAACCCUGAUAUUACCAACAAGAAAAGUAAUCUUCCUGCAGCUGGAAAACCAACAACAGCAGCAAAACGCAGUCCAAGUCCAGAGAAAACUACAGAGAAACAACCAUCCAAGCCUAGUGAACCUAGUGUGAGUCAGUGGAAAGACCUCCCUGCAGCUGGAAAACCAACAACAACACGCAGUUCAAGUCCUGAGAAACCUAGAGAGAAGCAACCUCCUCAACCUGAUGAACCUCCUAAGAGACAGUGGAAGAAUCUACCAGCAGCUGGAAUGCCUUCUGGAUAUUCGGAGCAUCAUGACUUCAGUGAAGGGUAUCCCACAGACAGGGACAAGCCUGAGAAAGCUUUGCCAGCUACUGGUAAACCUACGAGACGCAGUCAAAGUCCAGAGAAAUCCAGCAAGGAUCAUCCACAGAGACCAGAUGAGCCUGUGAAGAGUCAGUGGAAGAAUCUACCAGCAGCUGGAAUGCCUUCUGGAUAUUCGGAGCAUCAUGACUUCAGUGAAGGGUAUCCCACGGACAGAGACAAGUCUGAUGGCAGUAAUAAACCUUUGCCUGCCGCUGGUAGACGCAGUCAAAGUCCAGAGAAAUCCAGCAAGGAUCAGCCACAGAGACCAGAUGAGCCUGUGAAAAGUCAGUGGAAGAAUCUACCAGCAGCUGGAAUGCCAUCUGGUUACUCAGAGCAUCAUGACUUCAGUGAAGGCUAUCCAACCGAUAGAGAUGUGAGGGAUAAACCUGAUGGCAGUAAGAAAUCCAUGCCUGCUGCAGGUAAACCAACGAGACGCAGUCAAAGUCCAGAGAAAUCCAACAAGGAUCAGCCACAGAAACCCGACGAGCCAGUCAAGAGUCAGUGGAAGAAUUUGCCGGCAGCUGGAAUGCCAUCAGGUCACUCUGAACAUCAUGACUACAGUGAAGGUUAUCCAGCAGAUAAAGAUGUAGUGAAGGAUGAUAAAGGUGCUACACGAAAAUCACCACAAAAAUCUGCAAAACGAAGUCCAAGUCCUGAGAAAUCAUUGGAUGGACCAGACAAGAAACCGAAAAAGUCAAAACCGGCAGCUGGUAAACCAUCACAAAGUGAUAAGCCUGAGAAAGUGGUGGAAACUACUAAGAAAACUAUGGAUACAACGCAGGAAGUUGUAGAUGACGGUUUUGAUAUUGUUAUGACUGACGCUGUCAGGAUGAUUGGUGGAAAAAUAGUUAAAACUAAAGUGAAAACAAAGGUGAUCAAACAAGAUUUGAAUAAAGGCAGGAGGAAAUCUACUGAGAGUGUUGACUCAUCAGCUACAUACUGUGUAGACGAGCCAAUGAUUGUUGAGUUCCCUUAUCUGGAUGAUACAGAUCACACCACAAUGACCAUCUAUGACAAUGACAGAGAAGCUGGCAGAAUGAUGCAAUUCGAUGACACCAAGGUUACCACUGACAUUGGAAAUCGUGAAGUUUGGGAGAAGACUGAUAAUAUAUCUUCAUCAAAGAAAAUAUCUACUUCAUCAAGCAAGACAGCUGUUUCGAAAAAAUCCCAGAGCACCAGGACUACAGUUUAUGAAACAAGGGUGAUGAAUGAAAGGGUGAAUGGAUAA